AUGAAGGUGGACGAAGAUUUUGUUAUGGAUCGCAGGAUCGAUUUCGAAACAGACGACGAAGAGAACCUGGCAGAAAGGGUUUGUGAUGCCGACGGAAGCGACGACGACACGGAUUCCGACACCAUGGUUCCAUCUCGAACCGCUUCCAAUGUCGGCGGCGACAACCCUACCUGGCCGCAAAGCUACAGGCAGUCGAUCGACAUGUAUACGACCUCAACGCCCCCCACCUUCAGCUUCCUUACCGGGUCGAGCUUGACAAGAAUAACCAGCUCUUUCGGACCAGCACAGAGGAGACCUGGUGCUGCUGCUGCUCCUGGUUCUCCCCUGAACGAGCCCCUCAUUUGUGAUUCAGCCAUUGAAGAAGGAGAAGGAAUGCCUGCCUCAUACCUCCCUGUAUAUUGCUCUGCAACCAGCAAGCUUCCAAGUCUCUCCACCUUUGAAUUGCCCCAACCAGAGCAGAAGUGUUCAUAUGCUCAAUCCCUCCUUAAUGCCGUCAAUGUCCUAUGCGGGAUAGGCCUCCUUUCGACUCCUUAUGCAUUCAGAGAAGGAGGCUGGUGGAGCCUUGCCAUUCUCUUCGUUUUCGCCAUCAUCACUUGCUACACUGGACUUCUGCUGAAACGAUGUCUCGAGAGCUCACCUCAUCUCCAGACCUUCCCGGAUAUUGGCCAGGCAGCUUUCGGGGUUCCUGGCCGCGUAUGCUUAUCCAUAAUUCUGUAUGUAGAGUUAUAUUCAUCCUGCGUGGAGUACUUGAUCAUGAUGGGUGACAAUCUUUCAGCAUUGUUCCCAAAUACCCACAUGGCUUUUGCUGGGACUUAUCUGGAUUCGUCUCAAAUCUGCAAGAUUAUAUCGUUUCUCGUCAUUCUUCCAACUGUUUGGCUUCGAAACCUUACCUUGCUUUCAUACAUUUCGGUUGGAGGAGUGGUCACUGCUCUGCUUGUGUCAUUCUGCUUGUUAUGGGUUGGGGUAGUCGACAAAGUUGGAUUUCAUCCGAGUGGAACAGCUUUAGACCUUGCCAAACUUCCUGUAACAGUUGGCAUAUUCGGUUUCUGCUAUGGCAGCCAUUCAGUUUUCCCAAACAUUUAUUCCUCCAUGGAGGAACCAUCAAAGUUCCCAUCUGUUCUACUAAUCAGCUUUGUCACAUCGGGCCUUUUGUAUGCUGGAGUUGGGGUAUGCGGCUUUCUAAUGUUUGGGAACUCAACUAAAUCUCAGUUCACCUUAAACAUGCCUCCAGAAUUCGUUGCCACGAAAAUCGCUGCUUGGACAACAGUUGUUGCGCCACUCACGAAGUACGCCUUGACAAUCACUCCGGUGGCAUUCAGCCUCGAGGAACUCCUGCCCUCAGCUCGGUUCAGAUCUUACAGCGUGUCGAUGCUCAUCAGAACAAUAUUAGUGUUCUCAACUCUGAUUGUGGCACUGUCUUUUCCAUACUUUGGCUCCGUCAUGGCUUUUAUUGGAUCUCUACUCGUUAUGCUCGUGGCUCUAGUUUUCCCUUGUGCUUGUUACCUCAGCAUUUGCCGCGACAGGGUGACAAAAUUACAGAUCUCAGCUUGCAUUCUUACAAUCAUGGUAGGGCUGAUAUCCGCAAUUGUUGGCACAUAUUCAUCGAUCACAAACAUAGCAGACGAAAGCGGAUGAUCCAAGUAAUUUCAAGGGAUUAAUUCAGAUAUAUAUCCAGCUUCAAUCUAGCUGCCAAACCAUUUGUAAAUCCCAGUAAAAAUCAUGUAAUUAAACAGAAACAAAGCAUAAGGAGACC